UACAUAUAUAAAACAGCUUUUAUCUUCUCAAAGAAAAACAGUUAUUACUUUUUAUCCCUCUCCUUUUCCUCGUAUUUUAUCUCUCUCCUUCUCAGCCCUCUCGUCUUUCAAUUUUCCGGCAGAGCAGAGAAAUUAAAUAAGAGUGGUAAUGGCGUUUUCUGAUGAUGAAGAAGAAGAGGCUUUAAUCCAUUCCGUCUCAAACUAUUAUUUCAAUGAUGAAAAAGAUGAGGCUGUUUGCUUUUCUCAGUUGCCACUACAAUUUGGGGGGAAAGAAUGCCUUAGUGGUGGAUCUAAAAAGAAGAUAUUUUUGAGAGGAAUAGCUGAUGAUGGGCUCCUAACAAUUUGCAAGCAUGUCACUGCCUGGAAAUUUGAUCUGUCUAAUGUUGGGAAGCCGGAUAUUUCUGUUUUAAGUAAAGACAUUGGGUGGCUUAAGCUACAGAAGCCAAGGAAGAGCUUUGAGCCUGUGAUUAGGAGUGUUUUAAUAUCGGUUCAUUGCUUGCAUCUUAUUACUUGGAAUCCUGAUUUAUCAGGGAAAUCGUUGUGGGACCAGUUAGCGAAAAUUUUUAGCUUGUAUGAGGUAAAGCCUUCACAAAACGACUUGGUGGAUCACAUGGAUUUGAUUGCUGAGGCUGUUAAAAGUGAUGAUUCAUUAGCAAAAUCCAAGUUUUUGCACUCAUUUUUGGAGGAGAAGCCCAAAAAACGGAAACUUGUUAAUGAGAAUGCUCGAGGCACAUCAAUUUCUGGAUUUAUAGUUGAUGAUGCAGUUGAUGGCCCUGAACUAGAUGAUUCCAAUAAUGAUGAUGAUGAAGAUGACUUGUAUGAUUCAGUUUGUGCUUUUUGCGACAAUGGGGGUAGUCUUAUAUGUUGUGAUGGAAGGUGCAUGAGAUCAUUUCAUGCUACUGAAGAUGACGAUUCUGCUCGUGAAUCUGCUUGUGAAUCUCUUGGCUUUACUCCGAACCAAGUUAAAGCGUUGGAAACACUCUUAUGCAAGAAUUGUGAAUAUAAUCAACAUCAGUGCUUUUCUUGUGGGAAGUUAGGUUCUUCUGAUAAGUCCUCUGGUGCUGAGGUCUUUCGCUGCAGUAAUGCAACCUGUGGUCACUUUUAUCAUCCACAUUGUGUGGCAAAAUUGCUUCAUAAGGGGGAUAAAGUUGCUGCUGAAGAGCAUGCGAAAAGAAUUUCUUCAGGGGAAUUUUUUACAUGCCCCACUCAUAAAUGCUGUGUUUGUCAACAAGGAGAAAACAAGAAAGUCGAGGAGCUGCAGUUUGCUUUGUGUAGACGUUGCCCCACAUCAUACCACAGGAAAUGUUUACCAAGAGAGAUCGCAUUUGAUGAUAUAGAAGAGGAAGGUAUUAUAACAAGGGCUUGGGAUGGUCUACUUGUCAAUCGUGUACUGAUAUAUUGCUUCAAACAUGAGAUUGACGAAGACCUUGGAACUCCCAUAAGGGACCAUAUAAAAUUCCCCUUUGAUGAAAGCAAGAAAAGAAAGGCAUCAGAUGUGCUCACAAGUCAUGAAAAGGUUGGCUCAAAGAAGAAAACUCUUGCAUUAGAAGGCACUUCACAGGAGAGAACUGCCAUGAAAGCAGCAAAGCAAUCUUCUUCUGUUGUUAAAGCUGAUCAAACUAGCAAAAAGAGUGAAAAAGUUACUCCUAGGACCAAUGCCCUAAAGAAAGUCAAAGCCACUGGUCCAUCCAAAAAGCCUUUGAGGCAGAAUUCAAAGUCUCUGCCUAUGGAUGCAGGCAAAUCCUCUGCAGAUGAUGGAAACAAGACCUCCUUGGGGGGAAGAUUAUUCUCCUUAAUGAAUCAGGAGAGUGAGCAGCAGAUUAAGCCUGGGAGACAGGAUAAUCUUAAAGGUGGUCUUAGUAAGGCUGCCGUGGUCAACUCUACCGCAACAAGUAAAAGCUCGGACAUGCCUUCAUUAGAUGCUGAUUCUGAGAGAAGAUUACUCAAUUUAAUGAAGGAGGCUGAAUCAUCAGUAACAUUAGAAGAUAUAAUAACGAAACCAAAAGUCCUAUCUACACAUGGAUAUUCUUCAAGAAGUGUCAUAGACAGAACAAUUACUCUUGGAAAGAUAGAGGGUUUAGUUGAGGCUGUUCGGAUGGCUUUAGCAAAACUAGAGGAUGGCUGUAGUAUUGAAGAUGCUCAAGCUGUUUGUGAGCCAGAGGUUUUAAACCAGAUAUUUAAGUGGCAGAACAAACUCAGGGUAUAUCUUGCACCUUUUCUAUAUGGCAUGCGCUACUCUUCUUUUGGUCGUCAUUUUACUAAAGUGGAUAAACUUGAAGAGAUUGUUGAUAGACUUCAUUGGUAUGUGCAAGAUGGUGAUACAAUUGUCGACUUUUGUUGUGGUGCUAAUGAUUUUAGUUUAAUAAUGAAAAGAAAGCUUGAAGAGACCGGGAAGAAGUGCUCAUUCAAAAACUAUGAUAUUUUCCAAGCAAAGAAUGAUUUUAAUUUUGAGAGGAGGGAUUGGAUGAGUGUGCAACAAAAGGAGUUGCCAACAGGGUCACAACUGAUAAUGGGGCUAAAUCCUCCUUUUGGAGUUAAAGCUGCUUUGGCAAACAAGUUUAUUGAUAAGGCCCUUGAAUUUAACCCAAAACUUUUGAUCCUUAUUGUUCCACCCGAAACAGAAAGGUUGGACAAAAAGAAAUCUUUGAAAUAUCCGUAUGAACUAGUAUGGGAGGAUAAUAACUUGUUAUCUGGAAAGUCAUUUUACCUGCCUGGUUCUAUUGAUGCAAAUGACAAACAAAUGGAUCAGUGGAAUGUCAUGGUUCCACCUCUUUAUCUUUGGAGUCGUUCUGAUUUUUCGGCAAAGAACAAGAGCAUAGCUGAAAAGCAUGGUCAUGUACCUAGGGAACCAGCGAGUUCAAAUCAGGAAAUGAAUAUUGAUGAAACACGCAGAUCUGAUUUUGAACUGCCAUUGGAGGAUGAUGGUCUUCGUGAUGAUGCUACUGAGUUGAAAGAUCAUAUGCAAAAUCAUGUAAUUGAGGAAUGUAAAAAAGAGAAAUCUGUGGAGGUGACCCCGAAAGAGUGCUCUCCUCGUCAGCAAAGUGAUGAGAAGAACCAAUCCAAGGAAACCUCGAGCAAUAAGAAGAGAAAGCACAGUGAAGAAAAUAAUGGAAGGAAAACUGAUAAAAAGAGUGGAGGACGGACUCCUAGAAGUGAGACACAUGAUGGAAUUCCUCACUCUUCUCCAUCCAAUGUGAUGGGUAGUAGUAGAUCCUCAGUGGAAGGUGCCUCCUCCAAAUUGCACAGUGAAGAAAAUCUUGUAAGGAAAACUGAUAUAAAGGGUGGAGGAAGGAUUCCUAGGAGUGAGAUGCAUAGUGGAAUUCCUCACCCUUCUCCGUCCAAUGUGAUCGGUAGUAGUAGAUCCUCAGUGAAAGGUGCCUCCCCCAAAUUGCACAGUGAAGAAAAUCUUGGAAGGAAAACUGAUAAAAUGAGUGGAGGAAGGACUCCUAGAAGUGAGACACACGGUGGAAUUCCCCACUCUUCUCCAUCCAACGUGAUGGGCAGUAGUAGAUCCUCAGUGGAAGGUGCCUCCAAAUUGCACAGUGAAGAAAAUCUUGGAAGGAAAACUAAUAAGAAGAGUGGAAGGACUACUAGAAGUGAGACAUACAGUGGAAUUCCGCACUCUUCUCCAUCCAAUGUGAUGGCUAGUAGUAGAUCCUCAGUGGAAUGUGCCUCCAGAUCGCCUAACCAACAUCGGAUACCCAAUAUGCGUAGUUCACAGACUGCACUUCGAACUUCAUAUGGUGACACCAGGACCAGCGUUGGUGAUGAUAUGGGAAGAAGGUACAAUAUGAAUUACGAUCCUUAUUCAGCUGGUACCCACAGUCAUGGUUACAGACCUUACCCCAAUGAAAUGAACAGGGAAUUCAAUUUACGGUCACAAGUUCACCUCUAUGGGCAAGAACCUGGUCUAUUUCCUCGGAGAAAUGAUCUGGCUGGGUUGAACUCUUUAUAUGGUCCAACAACUCCGUCUUAUGGACAACACAACGGUGCUACAGUGAAUCCUUCCUACAGGAUGAAUAUGUCCGCAAUGCAGCGAUAUGCUCCUCGUCUAGAUGAGUUGAACUACACAAGGAUGGGUGGUGCAGGGCCUGAGCCACCACUGAUGGGGAAUAGAAAUACUUUUUAUGAUCCUAGACCACCUUUUAUGAUUGAUCCUCGAGCACCACGACCUCCAUAUACUCUGGGUUUCUCUCCUGGUCCAUACCACCCUUAUUCACAUCACAACUCGGCUGGUUGACUCAAUGAAUAGUUAGUUGCUCGUCAUCCAUCAACUCGAGGACCUGAUCUUUAGAAAUUUGGUUGUUCGAACCCUUUUAACUGAUUCUGUAAUAUGGGUUCUGCUGCAUAACGUUGAAACUUAUCUUUUAAAUAUUUUGCUCCUGUUUCUUAAUUAGUAGGGUUAUGUUUUGUGCA